ACCGCACCAUUACUGUUCAGAAGCAUGUCUGCUCAAGCGAUGUUAGGAAACUUACCGCAUGGGCUCCGGGAGGUCGUCGAGAAAGCUAGCGAGGGUGACAACUACUUCGGGAGAACAGAGAAGGAUAAGGGAGAGGUUGUGGAGUGGACGACGAAGGUCUCUCAGGGAGCAGUGUCCAGUGGUGAUGGAUUGAAGACUCUUGAAUCAACGUUGACAUCUCGGACGUUUUUGGUUGGCAACGAGCUCACAGCUGCAGAUGUGGCAGUCUACGCCUCCCUCUAUCCUAUCCUGUCCAAGCGCACUCCUCAGGAGUACUACUCUCAACCCUCCAUCACCCGGUACUUCGACCACCUUCAACAUCUCUCGUCCGUCGCGGCUGCUUCCAAGGCUGCUAACCUCAGCCCUGUAACCUUCGACCUGGACCAUAUGCCUCCAUUGGAGCGCGCUGCAGCCCCUGUGAAGGAGAAGAAGCCCAAAGCCCCUGCUGCAUCUGAGCAGCCGCCGGUAGAGGUCGCACCCCAAGCACCAGCCGCCCAGGCAAAAGAGAGCCAGCCGGCAGAAGAGGGGGAGAAGACGGGAAAGGCGGAUAAGAAAGAUAAGAAGAAGAAGGAGGCGAAGGAGGGCGCUGCUGCUGCGGGAGGGAAGGGCGGGAAGGCGCCUGCAGCUGCACCAGAGGAUUCGGAACCUGCACCGAGCAUGAUCGAUCUACGCGUGGGACACAUUUUGAGUGUGAAGAGGCAUCCGGAUGCCGACAGCUUGUAUGUCGAGCAGAUUGAUGUUGGCGAGCCCGAGCCUCGCACUGUUUGCUCUGGUCUUGUGCACUACAUCCCCAUCGAACAGGUCGAGAAUCGGGAUGUGAUUGUCGUCUGUAACCUAAAACCCGUAACGAUGCGUGGCGUCAAAUCCUUCGCCAUGCUUCUAUGCGCCUCGUCCAAAGACGGGAAAGACGCAGGGAUAGAGUUCGUCAACCCUCCACCAGGCUCCAAACCCGGCGACCGCAUCUACUUCGAAGGAGACAAGUACGAGACUGCCCAGCCCCUGCCGCAGCUUAAUCCUAAGAAGAAGAUAUUCGAGACUAUCCAACCGGGGUUCACGACGCUCGAUACGCUCGAGGCGGCGUGGGUUGACCCGGUGACGGGGAGUGUACAUAAGAUCAGGACGAAGGAGGGCGUGUGUAAGGCGGCCACGUUUGUGGGCGCUUCGCUGUCAUAAAUUAGACUGAACUUAGGUGAAAUGACUCAUGAA